AUGAGAAGGAAGAUUUCGAACAAACUUGCUCCACAAUACUUUCUGCAUCAUCAUCGACAACGACGACGAUCACUACCACUUCAGUUCACCAGAGUCGCAAGGAUGUCAAGGGUCGAGCUGCUCAACGCCGGAGGCUUCCGAGUCGACGGGCGCAAGCAGUACGAACUCAGAUCCAUCGCCAUCCAGCUCGGAGGCUCCCAAGACACCUCCGCCGACGGUUCCGCUCAAAUCACACAGGGACUCACCAUCGUAUCAGCAACCGUCUUUGGUCCACGAGAAGCUCGCACCGGAGCCAACGUCAUCCACGAUCGCGCCUCGGUCAACGUCGAAGUAUCACUAGCACCCUGGGGAUCGAUGGAACGCCGACGACGCAAUCGAGGCGAUCGUCGACUCCUCGAGUUCGCCAGCUCCAUCAAGUCCACCUUCGAGCCCGUCAUCCACACCCACCUCUACCCACGCUCGCAGAUCGACAUCUUCGUCCAAGUACAUCAGCAGGAUGGAGGUGUACUACCGGCGGCGAUCAAUGCAUCUACGCUGGCGCUUUUGGAUGCGGGCAUUGCGAUGCAGGACUUUGUCUCUGGUGUGUCGUGCGGGAUCCAUUCGACGUCGGCGAUGCUGGAUCUGAGCAAUACGGAGGAGCAGGAUCUGCCCCACGUCACGGUAGCGGUGUUGCCACGGACGAAGCAGGUCACGCUGGCCUCGCUCGAGACGAGGUUACAUGUAGAAAGGUUCGAGCAGAUCUUUACGCUGGCGAUCGAGGCGGCAGCGGUAUUGCAUAACGAGAUGGAGAUGGCGGUGAGGGAUAGGACAAAGACGUUGGUGCAGGCUAUGACGGGCAAGACGGUAGAAUCGACCUCGGUGGUCGAUCAUGACGAUGACGGCGAGCUCGAUGGACGCAACCACGACGACAUGACGCUCGCGUGA